UAAUAUUACGGGGGAUGUUGCACCCCCCCCCACAAAUAUAUUAUAAUUACGGCCUUGGGUUCAUUUAAUGUGCAAGAGCAAGAGAGAUCAUGGCAUCGUGUCAUUAUGUGGGAUGGCAACAAGGUAGGCAGGCCUUCAUCCAGCAGGGGAUAUAAUAUAGCUCAUGAAUUAUCAUGUUGCUUUUUCUUUGCUUUUAUGUGCCACAAAAUGUAAGCACUCCUCCCUUGCGGUUUCAAUUAGCCUACGCGUCUGAGAUGAAGGCACUACCCUUCCCUCAUUUCCAAUUCCACAAACGCAAUCUUUCUUAACUGUUUCUUCCUAGGUGGCUUAUCUGUGCAGCUCAUUGCUACGAUAACGCAAUUAUACUCUAAGAAUUCGAGUGAAGCUAAAGAAGUGGUAAUUUCAAAUUGCUAUCUGUUGUCUUGUUCGUGAAUAUGCGAUAUAUUACUACAACAGCAACUGAAUCAACGUCAAAAUGCUAUUUUCACAUAUAGGCUCUUUUUAUCAUAACCCCAUAAUGGAAUAUAUUUGAUAAUGGCAAUUCCAUGAAAAAAUCUUACAUAUUAAUAGAUUUGUGUUGAUCUAUAUGACGUUUCCUGAUUAGAAUAUGUCUACUUAAAUAUGCGUUUUUAAACACAUGACUGGAUUUUUUUUAAAUAAAAAUGCAAAAAAUAAGAUAACAGAGUGAAUGUAUUCCGCGAAAAAAAUUAUUCUGCAGAAUUUCUGAGGGGCAGGCAUGAAAAGCGAAGUCGCUUUAAACACGAAAGAGAACUCAUUUUUAUGCAAAAAUAUGAACGACGUGCCUUACAACUAUGUAUGCAAGCCUGUAUAAAAACGGCACCUUUUAGCUCUGCCUAUAAGUACAUGUAAUGCAGUGGCAUUAAAACAUAUCGCUUCUCGCCAGUGUUAGUAUCUUUGAAAUAAUGUCUCCCCCACCCCCCUUCUCUCUCUCUCUCUUUAUCUUUCAUUAUUCACUCGCCUACCAAACCACUCAGUUGUGAGCUCAUUCUCCUGGGGACCGCGACGAGUGGCGUCUCAGCAAAAGUUGCGAGCGACGCUUUUCCCCCGUGUCGCGUGUUACAGCCGCUGCUGACGCUGGACACCUUCUCGUCCGCAUACAUUAUUACAAAGGCAGCGCUUUGGCUCAGCCAGAGAGCGGAUUGGACGCGUACGAGCUCCCCUUCCGACACGGCGAGCUGCUGCCACACGCGAACCCGCUUCGAGCCCGCCACUUAUCUUGCCUCGUUUUUGCCUUGCCUCGGCAUCAAUAAGUCCAAGUCUCGCUUUCUGUGUUGAUGGGCGCCGUUUUGUGGGUCACACAAUUGCGAUUUUUAGAGUGAAGAAAUAAGUCAUUACCGCACUUUUGGAUUAUUGUUAUUAUUAUUUUAGCUGACGAUCUUGUUGAGUCGCGUUGCGUUGGAGGAAAACAUUUUUUUUUGGAUCGGGGAGGAAAACAAAACGUUGCUACGUAAAAUCCCCGUUGCUUUUGGAGUGAGAGCUGAUAUGCGAUUUCGUUGUUAAAAAGUGCAACGGCAACAGCCCAUCAGCGAGCGACACCGCCGCAGAGGAGACGAAAAAGCGCCACUCCACCCCUCUGCUACGUUGCGGGGCACAACUAUACGCGGGGCAAAGCUUGCGGUGUGUUCUAUGUGUUUAACGAUUAAUAUCACAAUCAGCGUUGAAGAGAGAGGCGUCCAGGCAGCGAUUAUGAACCAUUCAGUGCACGCAGCAGCAGCAGCAGCCGAGCUGCGUCCGACAGCGACAGUCGCCGCGCACAGCAGCAGCGGCGUCGGCGGCGGCAUCGGCGUCAACGACAGCGCGCACGCCAACUCGAGCGGCCAACAGAGCCUCGAGAUCAGCACGAGCCUGGGCUCCAAGGCGUUCAUCACGGCGCUCUACAUGGCUCUGUUCGUCGUGGGCACGGUGGGCAACGCGGUGACCCUCUACGUGGUGCUACGCAAGAGGAGCGCGCGGCACCUGCAGCACGGCACGGCGCACUACCACCUUGUCAGCAUGGCAGCGUCCGAUCUGCUCACGCUCAUGCUCGGCUUGCCCGUGGAGCUCUACAACUUCAUCUGGGUGCACGACCAGUGGGCAUUCGGCGACCUGGGCUGCCGCGGCUACUACUACCUGCGCGACAGCUGCACCUACGCCACGGUGCUUAACAUCACGAGCCUCAGCGUGGAGCGAUACCUGGCCGUGUGCCACCCGCUGCGCGCGAUGACCGUGGCGUCGCCCAGGAGGACGCGUCGGCUCGUGGCCGCGGUUUGGUUCACCUCGUUCCUGCUGGCGCUGCCCAUGGCGCUGGUGAUGGGUCAGCAGGUGUACGUGGAGAGGAGGCACGGGUUUGUCGACGAGCACGUGGCUGCCAUCCACGUGUGUACCUGCGUCAGCUCCAUCGACACCCUCAAGGUGGUCAUACAGGUGAACGUUUUCCUGGCAUUUGUGUUCCCCAUGCUGGCCAUCUCAGCGCUCAACUCGGCCAUCGUCAGGCAGCUGAUGCGCCUGGUGGACAAGCCGGCGCCGGAGCCCGAAAUUGGCCAGGAGCAGGGCUGCGUGGCACGUUCGCGUGGAGGCCAAGGCGGGGGCCUGCAAGCGUGUCGCCACACCACGGCCUUGAAUCUCGGCAGGCGCCUCUGUCCCAACGGCAGAGUGGAGGCUGCCAGAGUUCACGCCCUGCGCAACAGCGUGAAAGUACUGCGUGCAAUUGUGAUUGCCUUUGUUGUAUGCUGGCUGCCUUACCAUUCCCGCCGUCUCAUGUUCUGCUAUGUACCAGACAGCGCUUGGCAUCCCGCGGUGUUCAAUUUCUACCACUACUUCUACAUGCUCACCAACACGCUCUACUACGUGAGCUCGGCCAUCAACCCGGUGCUCUACAACCUGGUGUCGGCCGGGUUCCGCCACACCUUCGCGGCCACGCUCGGCUGCCGACGAGCGGAGGAGCGGGAGCCUGGCACCAUGCAGGUGUACACGCGCGCCGGCUCGAGCCAGUCGAGCGUUCACACCGUCACGUCCACCAACCACGACUGCGCAGCGCCCUGCUGCUCGAAUCCCGGGAGGGCGCGCGAGGCGCUCAAUUGAACGCUGAGCAUUCCCGGGGCUGGAGCUGGGGGGGGGACGCUGCGCUGAGCCGACAAAAACUCGCACCGCCCGACGCACUCACGUCGUGCAGACCGUAUCGUGGACGAGGGGAGGGAGGGAGGAGGUGGGGGUUGGUUGUUGUAAGCCUUUCAGAAGUGAUUUUAGACAAAAGAAAUGUCGCCACCUCGGUGAUUUAUUUACGUCGGAUUGAGUUGCUAAUUUAUACAAACAUCGUUAUCUAUACCAUCGUAUGAAACACAAUUAUAUAGUUGGAAACGAUAAGCCGCAGCCGCCGCGUGGCGUUUCGUGGUUGUUCUAUAUGGCUCUCCCGUGAGUGUUGUGCGUGGCAAUGCGUGUUGCUCAGUUCCUGAAUAAGCUGCCGGGGCGUGGAGCGAAACGCCAGACAUUGUGUCGCAACAACGUGCGGUGUGACCCUAAAAUGCAUCGGAGAACUUUAAAGCACCCUUGGUGAAUGAUCACCCAAUGAGCGAUAAGGCUGAGAAAAGCCUUGGCUGUGGCUUUUAGGCAGGAAUUACAACACUGUUUUCUGUCAGUAAAUUGCUGAUUAAUAUUUGGCAUUGUAACGUGGUGAAAUGGCUCGAAUGCUGUGUUAAGCAGCAGUCUGAACCUUUUUUUUUAUAAAAAGCGUAUAAUGUAUUUAUUCCAUUUCGAUUUAAAGCUUUCGUGACUGCAAGGAUUCAUCUUCUUUGGUUCUUUCAGUAAAGUCACG